GCUGCUUUGCAUUGCUGGCCGCACGCGCGGGGCCAACCCCCAUGCAUCUCCAGUCCUCCCACAAAGCGACGGGCACGCCGCGCCAAAGCUGUGUGCGGACGUGCGCGACCAAGGGCGCGCAGCGCGCGAGUGUGGACCUGCACCGCCAGAAGGCUCGCAGAAAUUGUGGCGCGGGGCGCUUAGUGGGACGAAAUGGAUCCUGCGAGCAACGAUUUGGAAACGAACAGCCCCAAGGUCAACCGGCAUCAGGGGACGGGGAUGGCCACGCGCAACCUGGUGUACACCAAUGAGAUCGAGCAGGGGAACGCCCUGGUCAAGACCGCGGCUUUUCUGGUUGGGCUCGCAUCAUGCAUCAGUGGGAUUCUCCAGCUGAUCGACCUAGGCUUCCUGUUGACGAAUUUUACCUUCUACCUGCUCUCGGUCUACCAGGUCUUCUUCGCCAUUACGACCAUGCUCUUCGAGGCGAAGCCCGACUGGGUGGUGAAGAUCCAGGACACCAUCAAGCUUCCCGUGAGUUCUUACCAGGACACACUGAUGAACAACGCAGCCUUUCUCACCACCACUGGCGGUCGUGGACUGUUCUACGUCUUCCUCGGGUCCCUGUGGUUCGGCUUCCCAGAAGGUACACACGCGUCUUUCUUGACGUUCCUGACUGGUCUUGCGCUAUUGGUAGUAGGUAUUGUACACAUCGCCAUGCAUUUCGGCAUCAUGCCGCACCACGUUGUCGCGAAGGUCCAGGCAACGGCCCAGGGGUCCUACGACCACAUCGCAGGCAGGAGCUGAGGCGGGCAGGCGGCGCGCGGUUCGGAGGGCAGGAGCCGCAAGAGACGGGCUCCAGCCGAGUCGCCCCAGGCUCAGCGUCUCCAGCCUGCCGUGCGGAGGGAGGAGGGAGGA